CGGAACGUGAAAACGUAUGUCGUUUCUGAAGAAUAUGUAAAAUUCUGUUCGCCCAGCCAUCUUGUGAAACUGUUAAAAAGUAUGCUUUUUUGAGGUGUGUGUUAGUUUUUAGGCAAAAUAUAGUGAAAAAGACUAUUUUAUGGCUAAUGUAAAGUACUGGAGACGACCGUUUUGUUAACAUCCAUCUUGGCAAAGUCGACUAGAGAUGUCGACAGCCAUGCGCUCCACUCUUCAGACUGUUCCUGAAAGUUUAGAGGUUACUAAAACUAAUACAGUGACUCAAGACGUUCCCGCUACAUCAUCCACCAAAACUCCAGCCAAAACUUCAGGAGAAACAGUUGCCACUAAAAGUUCUAGGUCAUAUAAUUAUCAUGCUCCAAGUUCGACCAAUAAGAAUUGAAUAAUGAGCCAGAAUCAACCUAGCGAUAGUCCCUGGAAACAGAAUCCGCACGACUUAGGUAUCAGGAUGCUGAAGGACAGACGCGAUAAGAUCACCAACGCUGGAAAUUAUAGUGAACGGUACAAGGACGCGUUUACUCACGAAGUGAAACACGACAAGUUUCCACUUAGUGCCAAGGUUCGAGAUACGUUGGAACAAUUUCACCACAGCGACAGGCUCAGCAACAGGUCGGACAGUGAUUCGGGUAGUUCUAAAAACAGUUCGAAGUUUGUUGACGGAAACAUGGAAUCCGUUAGCAAAGAUUUGAAGGAAAUCAAUCACAAUUUCGUGGAUGAACCGAAAGCGCUUGCUCAUGACAAGAAAACAGAGGACCAAAAACAGAGCGAAUUUAAAAACUCUCCAACAUCUAGAAACUGGAGACAUUUUAUAAGUACCAACGAUGGACCUGAAGGAUCUUCAUCAACUUUGAAACAACUCACGUGCGAAAAGAUGGGUGCGCCCAAAACUAUGCUCAGCAAUGCAACUAACGACCUCAACAAACACGAGAACACUCUAACCGGUUACAUUACGGUGUCGAAUCGACAAAAUAAAAUUCCCUUACCGCCUUUUACAAUUAGUCCUACAACUACACCCAAACAGCAAUCAAAAUGGUCGAAAAAAAAUAAAGAUGUAAACAUAUACCACGUUACUCCUACGGCUGAGUCUUCUGCAAUGAUACCGCCCGGUUUUCAUCCUCAUAAAAUUCAAUUAAACCAAAUAUUAGAUCCAGUUAAACCGAAGAAAUCGAUCGAUUCAGUGGCUUCACAUCCAAAACCCAGUCUUACCAAUUCCAAUGUGCCGGUAGAUAAUACUAUGGGCCAUCUGACGCAUGUGGAAAAUCUGAUUUCGAAAUUGGGAGAGACUCAAAACAGAGAAGACAAUUUUCGUAAAUUUGACGAGUUUCUUCUUCGCUCCCAGAAAAAUGCUGCUAAGCCAGGUAAGGAGUUCAAGAAACCCUCUCCGCCCGAAAGGGAUCAGUCACAAGAUUUUUUGAAAGCGGACGAGAAUUUGUUGAAUCCGAUAAAACCUUCGAAGGAGAUCGAGGAUCUACAAGCUCGCGGUUACAGCGACAUCGAGACUGAUGAUGAACAGCAUUUCCAGCGGCAGAAAGAGCGGAAGAGUAUGGACCAUCAAAGCAUUAAAACAGCGAAAAAGGAGGAAAAGAAGACGUACUUGAAUCGGACCGCUAGCGAUGUGCAAGACAAAACGACGACGGUACUAAAGAGAAGAACGCCGAGGCCGACCAAGGACAAGUUAAAGAGCAAUGACAAUACGGAGUCGAGUGGCCGUAGCAGUUCGACCACGUCGGCAAACCGCAACCGACCCAGGCUGGGCGACGAGCCUACCAUCGGAAAAUACAAAUUGCUCAAGACCAUCGGCAAGGGCAACUUCGCCAAGGUGAAACUGGCCAAGCAUGUGCCCACGGGCAAGGAAGUGGCCAUCAAGAUCAUAGACAAGACCCAGCUUACGCCUGGCUCCUUACAGAAGUUAUUCAGAGAAGUGAGGAUAAUGAAAAUGCUUGAUCAUCCAAACAUAGUGAAACUGUUUCAAGUUAUUGAAACUGAAAAAACAUUGUACCUGGUUAUGGAAUACGCUUCGGGAGGAGAGGUAUUUGACUACCUCGUAUUGCACGGCCGAAUGAAGGAAAAAGAGGCUCGAGCUAAAUUCAGGCAAAUCGUUUCUGCUGUGCAGUAUUGUCACCAAAAGAGAAUUAUACACAGAGAUUUAAAGGCUGAAAAUUUGCUGUUAGACAGUGAAAUGAAUAUUAAAAUAGCCGAUUUCGGUUUUUCCAACGAAUUUACUCCAGGAAGCAAGUUAGACACGUUUUGCGGCAGUCCACCUUACGCUGCACCAGAAUUAUUCCAGGGUAAAAAGUACGAUGGUCCAGAAGUAGACGUUUGGUCGUUAGGCGUCAUCCUUUACACUUUGGUAUCGGGCAGCUUACCAUUCGACGGCUCGACGUUGCGGGAGUUAAGGGAGCGCGUUUUAAGGGGCAAAUACCGCAUCCCCUUUUACAUGAGCACGGACUGCGAAAAUCUGCUCAAAAAGUUUUUGGUGCUGAACCCGGCGAAACGAGCCAGCCUCGAGACCAUCAUGAAGGACAAGUGGAUGAACCAGGGGUACGUGGGGUAUGAAAACGACGAGUUGAAACCUUAUGUUGAACCUGAAGCGGACAUGAAUGAUCCAAAGAGAAUUGAAGCUCUAGUUUGUUUAGGCUUUAAUAGAUAUGAUGUAGAAAAUUCCUUAGAUUCUCAAAAAUAUGAUGAUGCCUAUGCAACAUAUCUACUUUUAGGAAGAAAAAGUACAGACCCCGAAAGCGACGGUAGUCGAAGUGGUUCCAGUCUAUCAUUAAGGAACAUGACGGGGCAGCAACAACCCGGAGCUCCGCAACCCACGGCUCAAAGUCCUUCUCACAGAGGCGUACACAGGUCAAUCUCGGCCACCCAUGCGAAAACGACCAGGAGGGCAUCGAGUGGAGGUUUCCGAGGUUUGGCAUUUGGUACCCCUUUACCCUUGGCAGGUGGCACUAUAGGCGAGACGUUACGAACUGGACCCCAACCACAAGUACCUACGUCUCAAACUAAUAAUCACCAAACCGGUUUCAAACGACAAAAUACGGUAGAUAGCGCCACCAUUAAAGAGAACAGCGCUAGACUAAAUUCUAGACCGGCAAGUGCUCAACCAAAGACCAUUACAGAAAAUAGAGUACAAGCUACAGCUAGAGCUCGAACUGUAUCUAAGAAUACGACGUUAUCUUUAGGGACCACAGUUGGUAGGCGAUCGACUAUCAGUUAUGAUGGAAAAUCGGAAAGUACAGAAAAGACUAAUAUAGCUCCUGAUUUGCCUGGACCCGAAUCGUUGGGUGAUACCCUGAGACCUGUCACAGCUAAGGGCCACGUCAAGUCUGCGUCUGUGAGCAGUAGUGGUCCACCCGAACCCCAAAAUGCCAAUGCUAAUGACCCUUUACGUACUAGUCGAACAAGCGCUUCACCGGCUGCCACGCGGCAGCAAGCUUUUCCCCGGAACACUUCGUCGAGAAGCACCUUCCACUCGGGCCAAACACGCCCCCGAGCACAAUACACUCAGGGAACCCCCGGAGAUUCGCCGCAUACUAGGCCUUCGUUUUUUGCUAAAUUCAGCCUCAAGGGUUUCACUAAAAGAGCAUUAGAACCCACUCAACAAGUUAAACAUGGCAAUUCACCUUUACCUUCAGUAGGGGUGGGUGGUGGAACACAAAAUGAUGAACACGUUAAACCUAGAUCUCUUCGUUUUACAUGGUCGAUGAAAACUACAUCCAGUAGAGAUCCAGCGGAAAUUAUGGCAGAAAUUCGAAAGGUACUAGACGCAAACAACUGUGACUAUGAACAGAGAGAAAGAUUUUUAUUAUUAUGUGUGCACGGCGACCCCAACACAGAUAGUUUAGUACAAUGGGAAAUAGAGGUUUGCAAGUUGCCAAGACUUUCACUCAACGGCGUCCGAUUUAAACGAAUUUCUGGUACAAGUAUUGGUUUCAAAAAUAUUGCAAGCAAAAUAGCUAAUGAACUAAAACUGUGACUGGUCAUCAAGAAGACGGACCUUUCAAAGUGACUUCAACCUCUUACGGAAGAAAAACUUGACAUUGUGUGUUAAAAGAAUUCCUUCAUUUUUAGAUUUAGUGGAAAAUAAAAAAGAAUAAUUUUCUGUACAUGUUAUUAGAAUAUAUUAAGUGUAGAAAAAAAAACUAGUCUUCAGGCAACAUAAAUAUGAGGUUAUAAUUGGUUUAAAUUUGACCACUAAAGUUAAAUGUGAUGGAAAAAUUAUAUAGUGGAAAAAGCGUCUGUCUCCUAAUACCAGUACACAAUUUUCGAAUAAUGCUCUUGAAGAACUUAGAUUUUAAGAUUUCAAAUAAGCAAAAGAAAUGAAUUUGACUUUUUAAUUGAAGCUUGUGAUAUGUGGAAUUGAAAGAAUUGGUAGAAGCGUUUUUCUGUUCCAAAUGAAAAGAUCUCCAUUCUUCAAUUUCUUUCUUUUUAGUAAUAGAAAAAAUAAUAAUUAAAGGUCUAUAUUAAAAUUAACAUCUAAAUAUGUUAUAGCCGUGGGUGUUUGUUACAUGGUAAAUAUUUAUUGUAAUAAAAUUCAUGCACCCUAUUUAUUAAGGAAUAAAAUAAACUGUUUAAUCCAAAAUACAAGUCAAUUUUUUGCAGGAGAAUCAGAUGCUUAGUAUCUUUUGUUACAUUACAUGCCAUGACAGUUUUCCCAAAUUUAUUUUAUUUUAAUUAUAGUUUUCAAUUUGCGAUCGAUUUUAAUAUUUCAAGCAUGUCAGUCUUUUAACAAAAGGUAUACAUCUGUGAUCUAUAACAAACAAAUUAUAUGAGUACGUCUUUUAGAAAAUAAAAAGAUUGGUCCUACUCUUUCAAAUCAAGGUAAUCAUGUUUAAUUAUAUUAAUUCGGCUGGUUGAAUCAUAAUAAACAUCUACCUAGUCGUGUAUGUAUAAUUUUCCAUGUGAUAUAAAUAUGUAUAUUGCACAAAAUGAAGACAGAGACUUUGACUGUGCAACCAAUUUACUAGUUUUUCAAAUUCGUGUAAAUAUUGUGUGAUAGUGCGUGUAAGAUUUGAGUGUUUAGGUAUAAUAUUAUACAUAUAGUUUUAAUGAGAUUUUGUUAGUACAUCUGCAUUUUUAUCAUACAAAUAUCAUUUAAUUUAUUAAUAGAGUCUUAUUUGGUCUCAUUUUGACCGUGUCAGGUAUCAAAAAAGGGGUAUUAUGCGAUCAGAGUUUGUCAGUCAAUAACAGUUGCAGGAAUAUUUUUAGAUCUUCUUUCACAAUAAUGCAUUUGGAAAAUACAGGGUGGCAACGUUCGAAAUAUGGUUUAUAUAAGGAUUCCAGUUUGAGAUAUUUACUCCGAUAUUUUUUAUAGAAGGUAACAGACAUUUUAAAAAUAUUUUCAUAGAUGUACAGAGUGAGUCACACAUUUUCAAACUAUAGUUUAUUUUUAAAUGGAAUGCUAUAUAUGUUAGGCUUAGCGGAUUUUUUUAAAUAUGACAGUUUGAAAAAAAUGCUGAUUAUUUAAAACUCUUUCAAGUUUCUAAAAUGGAAAUUUUUGAUACUGUUUAACCAAAAGUAGUAAGUAGGAGUGUAUUUUAAUACAUCUAUUUUUGAAAAGAAAAAAGAAUGUCAAAAUGUAUUUUCUAAACCUUAGGCUUUUGCUUGUUUGGAACAUGUUUUAAAUUAUAAAUAUACUAACUGUAGGUACUGUAAUGUGUAGUAGCUUAAACAGCACAACAAACUGACAAUAUCGUAGGUUGAGGACUUAAGUAUGUUCACAUUUAUCUGGUUUUACAUUGUUACCUGUUAGUUUUAAUUUAAAAAUUGAUGCAGUUUUUCUUAAAUUAGUUAAAAACGGCUUAUCCAAAUUUGGCAUGUGUGUUCAACAUACGCAGAUCUUUAAAAAAACUAUUUACGACUUCGCUGUAAAAUGUCUAGGGAAGCAACUUUGCAAAGGAUUUCGUAUUUCCAACGCCGAUGCACCGCUUGAUAUAUCAUUCCAUUUAAAAAUAUAAUAGAUUAGUUUGAAAAUAUAUUUUAAUCUUUCUGCUACUAUGCACAUGUUUUAUAAAAAAGUGUAUAAAUAUCAAAAAAUCCAAUCGCAAACCUGAUGUAGAGCUUUUUUGAAUGGUUGGAUUAAUCAUCCUGUAGAAACUCUUGAUAUUAAAUUUUUUCAGUUAUUUAUAAACUACGGCAACCAGGAAGAUAUAUGAAAUAUGUUUUUACCAAUAUUCAAUAAUUUUAUUAAUGCUAGGUAAAAUGAUGGAAACUUAUGUCUUAACCUUAAAUUCAAAUUUAAGUAUUCUUGCUACUGAUUGUAGUGUUGCAUAUAUUAUAAGCAAUUAGGUGUUUAAUAAUUUAUAAUGAAUCAUAACUUGCUAUCAAGUAAUAUUUAUUUUUAAAUCGAAAGAGUUUUAACACUUUAAAAAUGUCCCUUUCCCAUAAUAAAAUUAUAUUCCAUCUUAUUCUGAAAAUAUUUAAUAUUACAUCCCCUAACUCCAAAAAACUUCGCGAGAAGGGCUUGCAAUUCCAAUCUUGAUUUGAACAGUCUAAAUGAGUUAAAAUAAGUCCUCUGAACGUUUUUGUAGGUCUGGCUAAAGUACAUUUUUUCGUAACCUAGCUUCAAAUUCCUAGUAAUGUGGAAUUGCAAAAAAAUAAAAUAUUAAAACUAAUGUAUUAGUCUAAUUCUUAUUAAACAAGAUUUCUAUUGAUUGCACAAACAAAUAUGAAAAACUGCGCUUUAGUCAUAUAAGUGAUCCGACCAAAAAUAUUUUCAUUCGCUAAAGGUCUGUAUAUAUUCCAAAAUUGAAUACCAUUUUAGCUACUUAAAAAUCAUUACAGGUUCCGUUAUAUUAACAAGCAAGCAGUUAACUGAUGUUUCAUAUUACUAUGAUCUUAAGUAAUACUUCAUACUUCAUUAUACUUUUAGAUAAUAAAAGAAUCACUUGAAAUGUAAAUUAUGUCUCGAUGAUAAGUAAAUGAGACAUUAACUAGAAUAUUUUUUAAUUUCGGCAUUACUUCAUGAGUGUACUUACUCAAAUUUAUCUCGUCAAGCAAACUAGCCUUGCUUCUUAUACUUACUUUUUUUUUAUUUUGUAUAUAAUACAAAUCGUUAGCAAGAAGAAUAAAGUUUAUAUUUCUAAUA